AUGUCAAUUUCCAAAAGAAAGGAAAGAUUACAGAAUGUAGGCAGACGCAAAGAUGAAAACGCGGUAAAAGUCCACCAUGGAUCGGAGAAAGCCAGUAAUUUUGGCCGAACCAAGUCUGUCAGCAAUAUUGUCAAACUGUACAAAGACAAGGGUGUCUUGCGUACAAAGUUGCAACCGCAUGAAGCGCCAGUAGUGCGGAUUGAACCAAGUAGAAAAUGGUUUAACAACACUCGCGUAGUAAGCCAAGAAAAACUCGAAAAAUACCGACAAACGCUAGAAAAUCACAAAGACGACCCCAUGAGUGUGAUGGUGAAACGCACAAAACUCCCUGUUUCGCUGUUCGACCAUUCAAACGAGAGCGACAACAAAAAAAGCAAAAACCUGCUUGCUUUGCAGAGUUUUUCCUCUACGUUUUCUUCUAAAACACGGCAGAAACAGCCUUUGCUUGGUUUUUCGAGCUUGGCCGACUUGUCCAGUAAAGCAGAAGAAGAAAGUACUAAAUAUUUGGAUAAAUUAAGCAAUCAGACCGAAGAAGAUCUAGGAAAGAAAGACGGGCCCAAACCACAACCAGACGCGAUACUGUCUAAAGGUACUUCGAAGAAUCUUUGGGGGGAGCUUUACAAAGUUGUAGACAGUUCUGACGUCGUGCUCGAAGUGUUAGACGCGCGCGACCCCAUGGGAACUCGUUGUUAUUAUUUAGAACAACAUAUCAAGAAAGACAGACCGUUCAAACACAUAGUGUUGGUUUUAAACAAAUGUGACCUUGUGUCUGAAUCUGUAACUCGAAAAUGGGUCAAAAUUCUUUCCAAAGAAUUCCCUACCCUCGCUUUCAAAGCUUCCAUAAAACAUUCUUUUGGAAAAUAUUCGUUAAUCGCGUUACUUCGCCAAUAUGCUAAGAUGCUUUCUAACCGAAAACAUGUGUCUGUUGGAUUGAUCGGAUUUCCUAACGUCGGUAAAAGCAGUCUAAUUAAUACCCUUAGAUCAAAACAAGUUUGUAAUGUUGCGCCGAUUCCAGGAGAAACCAAAACAUGGCAGUACAUUGAACUCAGCAACCGCAUUUAUAUAAUUGAUUGCCCAGGUAUCGUUCAUGGAAUAGGCCAGUCUACCCUUACCGACAACCAAAAAGUAAUUCGUGGAGUUGUGAGGGCGGAAAAAUUACUUGAACCAGAACAAUACAUUCAAGACAUAGUUGAUCUUGUCGGCUAUGAAAAGUUUGUUAAACACUACAACCUAGACGUGAAACUAGAUGAACCGAAUAAGUCUUCCGAAGAAUUGCUCACACUCAUGGCGAUUAAACGAGGUAAACUUGGAAAAGGCCAAGUACCAUUGAUAUCUCAAAUGGCAGUAAAAGUAAUUUAUGAUAUACAAAGAGGGAAACUGCCCUACUUUGUUCCACCACCAAGCCAGAAAGAAGAAACCAGUGAUAAAAAUAUCGAGCAUCUAUCUGGAAUAGACCUUUUAUUCGAUUGUGCAAACGUUGCAGUGGAUACAAAUAUCGAAAAUGGGCUUCAAGAAAAUAAAAUUGAUGAUGUUCCGCAGAUUGAAACUUUUAAAAACGGCACUCUCAAAGAAACAUCUAGUAAUGAAACAGUAGAUUUUAGUAUAGAUAGCGAUACUAUAGCAGCAACAAAAUAA